UGGCCCCGUGUUGAUGACAUCACUUCCGGGGUGGCAAGUUCAGGCUUUCCUGCGCAUGGGAAAGGGCCUUCAGUCGGCUUUGCACGGAGAGAUCAGUACUAGCUACUGUCGUUGACGAUCAAGGAAUUACCCAUACAGUAAAUAUGCUAAUAUUGAAUAAGACAGCAGGAGUCUUUUUUAAACCAUCAAGAAGGAAAAUUUAUGAAUUUUUAGGAAGUUUUCAUUUUCAUCCUGGAAAACUAUUUCUUCAUAAACUAGUAUUGGGAAUUGAAACCAGUUGUGAUGAUACAGCAGCUGCUGUAGUGGAUGAAGCUGGAAAUGUUUUGGGAGAAGCAAUACAUUCCCAAACUGAAGUUCAUUUAAAAACAGGUGGGAUUAUUCCUCCAGUAGCUCAACAGCUUCAUAGAGAAAAUAUUCAACGCAUAGUGCAAGAAGCUCUCUCUGCCAGUGAAGUCUCUCCAAGUGAACUCUCAGCAAUUGCAACUACCAUAAAGCCAGGACUUGCUUUAAGCUUGGGUGUAGGUUUAUCAUUUAGCUUACAACUGGUAGACCAGUUUAAAAAGCCCUUCAUUCCCAUUCAUCAUAUGGAGGCUCAUGCACUUACUAUUAGGUUAACAAAUAAGGUAGAAUUUCCUUUUUUAGUUCUUUUGAUUUCUGGAGGUCAUUGUCUUUUGGCAUUAGUUAGAGGAGUUUCAGAUUUUCUUCUUCUUGGAAAGUCUUUGGACAUAGCACCAGGCGACAUGCUUGACAAGGUAGCAAGAAGACUUUCCUUAAUAAAACAUCCAGAGUGCUCCACCAUGAGUGGCGGGAAGGCUAUAGAACAUUUGGCCAAACAGGGAAAUAGAUUGCAUUUUGAUUUCCAACCUCCCAUGCAACGUGCUAAAAAUUGUGAUUUUUCUUUUUCUGGACUUCAACACGUUAUUGAUAAGAUGAUAAUGCAAAAGGAAAAGGAGGAAGGUAUUGAGCAGGGGCAGAUCCUGUCUUCAGCUGCAGACAUUGCUGCUGCAGUCCAGCACACCGUGGCCUGCCACAUUGCAAAAAGAACACAUCGUGCUAUUCUGUUCUGCAAGCAGAGAGGCUUGUUACGGCCAAGUAGCGCAGUGCUGGUUGUAUCUGGAGGCGUCGCAAGUAACUUAUAUAUCCGAAAAGCUCUGGAAAUUGUGACAAAUGCAACCCAGUGCACUUUGCUGUGUCCUCCUGCCAGAUUGUGCACUGAUAACGGCAUCAUGAUUGCAUGGAAUGGUGUUGAAAGACUACGUGCUGGCUUGGGCAUUUUACACAACACAGAAGGCAUCCGCUACGAACCAAAGUGUCCUCUGGGAGUAGACAUAUCAAAAGAAGUUGGAGAAGCUGCUAUAAAAGUGCCACGAUUAAAGAUGAAGAUUUGAUUUUUGCUUUAAAAAAAAUCCCUAAAGGUUUUUAUUUUUUUGUAUAUAAAAUAUAUAAUAUUAAUUGUUCAUCAAGACUUUCUUUGUUAUUACUUUUCUUAUGUUUGAUGUUUAACCUGCUCUUCUGAGAGACAGCAAUAAUAUAGUCUUACAAGGGAGUAUAGGGCUUUUUCUAUUUAAUUAUCAAAAACCAAAAUAAAACAUCUUGUGAGGAAAAUAAUUUACUGAUAUUGGCAAGUGAAAAGAAAAAUCUUGGAAAAAAAUGUAGCAAUUCUGCUAAAUCAUGGCCCCAUGUUAACACAAGCGUAGAUCUUUUCCCACCUGUCUCAUAUCAGAAUAGUAUAAGUUCCUAUGGAAACAUUACACUGACUUUUCUAGUGAGACAGCACUUUUAGAAAGGUAGCCAGGUCAAAGUCAUGUCAACUCAGAAUUCUAGGACAAAACAAAAGGAGACUUUCUCUAAUAGAAUGUAAGUUAAUAAUUAUAAAAAUAUAUAUUAUUAGGUAUUUUCUCUGGAGCAAAUGGGAUUUAUAUACAUUUCUUAAGAUCCAUCUGAGAUUUUAAAAAAUAUGACAUGCAAGUAAUCCCUCAAGGGUAUAUUGUACUUUUUAGUUGACCACAUAUAUUUACAUUCACUAUUUUAGAAAGUAUAUUUAAUCAGUGAAGAUACAUGAGAUGAAAAAGGUUUGUGUUUUUUUGGCUUUUUGAUAAUGUCCUUUGAAUCUGAACUUUUACUGCAGUUCAUGACUUUCUUUCUGCCCAGAUCAAAGGAACUGAAUGUACUGUCCUUUGAAUAUAGGGAUGAUGCUACUAACUGCUUAAUGUCUUUGAGAGGUUUUGCUAGUAGACAUUUAUGUUACACCAUCCAUAACUGGAUCAAGUUGUUAAAAGUCCAUAGGGUCACAAAGAGUCAGACACAACUGAAGCGACUUAGCAUGCAUGCACAGGUAAGAGGCAGGUGAUUUGAUGAAUCAACCUUUCUCAUUUUACAUAUAAUUUUGAAAAAUAAAAAGAAAAUGCAAUGUAAUAAAAAUAAUCUUUAUUUUGGCCCUGUACUUAAAGAGAAAUACUGGAAAGUUUUAAGCAUGGUAGGAUGGUCUGUCUAGGCCAAGAUGCUCAGGAAAUGCCUAUGUUACUGAAUGCAAUAAUGAUCCUCAACUUUGAAGCCACCUGAAUCCAGCGACAAAGUUCAAAUUUUGCUUCUAAAGGCUUUUUUGUUUUUUUAAUGUCUACAGAGGCUUAAUGUUUCAUUGAUGUGAAUUCUUAACAAUGCUGAAUAAAUGAUCCUGGUUUUU